UAUUAUCUUCUUUUCAUGUCCGACUUUUUAAGUCGAACGUUAAAGUAAAUAUUUAUAUUAAUUUUUCAAAUGAAUAUAGUAAUCAGUAUUUAAUGUGAUCUCUUAGUUAAAUUUUAAUUAAAUAUUUCCUCAACUUAAAAUAAAAGACCUCAUAAAAAAGUGUUUCUGCAUACUAUUAUUUGCUUAAAAUAAAAUGAAAGAAAUGUUAGGUAAUUGCAGUGUUUGUAGUGAAGAUAAAGCAUUUGAUGGUAAUCCUUUAGUUUAUUGUGAUGGUCCAAAUUGUAAUGUAGCUGUUCAUAAAGCAUGUUAUGGUAUUCGAGUAGUUCCAAAAGGAUCUUGGUAUUGCAGUAAAUGUGUUGUUUUAAAAAAAAAUCCAAGUGCCAAAGUCAUAUGUGAACUGUGCCCAUCUAAAGAUGGAGCUCUCAAACCAACUGAAAGUGGCUAUUGGGCUCAUGUUGUAUGUGCUUUAUUUAUUCCAGAAGUCACAUUUGCAGACGUUGACACAAUGGAACCAAUUAAAUUAAAUGAAAUUCCUCUUGAUAGGUACAAAAAAAUUUGCUAUAUUUGUGAAGAAAAAAAUAGAGAGUCAAAAGUGUCAGGAUAUGGUGCUUGCAUGACUUGUAAAAAAAGUGGUUGUAAGUUGGGAUUCCAUGUUACUUGUGCUCAGAUCGUAGGACUUUUAUGUGAAGAAGCUGGCAAUCAUGGUCGCAAUGUUCAAUAUGUUGGAUAUUGUAGACAUCAUUAUUCUAAAUUAAAGAAAAGCAGUAAUGUAAAAAUAAAACACAUAGCUCCUUACCGCCCCCAAAAUUCAUCAGAGUUAUCUUUAGAAGAGUUUUCUCAAGAAAAGCUGUCUUCCAACAUUGAUAGUGAAGGACACAAAUCAAAAAAGAAGUAUGGAAAUUUUGAUGAAACAAAAGAAAAAGUUUUGGGUAAUUUUAGUGUUUCUAACCAACAUCAAAUAAUGAACAAUCGAUCAAAUCGCCCUAAAACUGAAAAUAUAUCUGUUGGAAGAGUUAAGCAAUAUCCUAACGAAACAAAUCUGGAUAAAACAAUCAAAUCAGAAAAUAUUGACGUAUUAAUGGAUAUUGAUUCAAAUAAUGAUUCCCAACAAUCAGAUACUUUAAAAAUUAUUGAAGAACCAAAUUUAUCAAUAAUUGAUACUAAUUUGACUAAACAACCAAAUUUGCCUCCCAUUAAUUUAACCAACUCAUGGAUCAAAGAACCAAAUUUUACUAAUUCAUCUUCUAACACAUCAAAAAUAGCUCAUGAUCAAAAAACUUUUGAACCUAUUGCUGAUGCACCUCAUAUGCUAGGAAAUGCUUUAAAUCCUAAUUCUUCUAUGGCCCAACAAAUGACUGAUACUUUGAAUGAAGAAAUUGAAACACACAAACAAUUCAAUGAAACUAAUGAAUCAUCACAAAGACAAAAUUUUGUAGGUCCCCAAUUACACCGCAAUAUUCAAAAAUCUUCAGAAAAUUCUCAAUCAGGUUCAGAAUGGUUUACUAACGGAAUUGGUAACAGUGCUCAAAGCUUAGAAGAUUUACUUGAGCGUCAGUGGGAGCAAGGGGGUUCAUUGCUAAUGGAACAGGCUCAACAUUUUGAUGUAGCAUCAUUACUCUCAUGCUUAUAUCAACUAAAAAAUGAAAAUAUAGGAUUAGAAAAAGAACUUGCAAAUUUUACAAGACGUCGUGAUCACUUAUUAGCUGUCAAUGCUCGCCUUGCUAUUCCUUUGGUUCCUCAAAAUAGAACAAAUCAAGUUUCUUCAACUCCCAACCAUGUUGAUACAACAAUAUCACCCAGAUCAAAUUUUUUAUCAUCUAUGGACAGUCAAGUAAUUCAACAGCAUAGAUAUCAAAAUUAUGCUUCACAAUCAUCUAGAUAUCAGCAUCAUUUUUCUUCAAAUGUAUCAGUACCAUCACAAGUAAUUGUUCGAGGAGGUAAUGACUCAUGGGAACAACACAAUAGAAAUCAAACUUCUAUGACAAGUCCUAUGUAUCAGACAGCUAUAUCAGAUAUACAAAGUAUACCACCUUCAAGACAUCAAAUCAAUAUGGAAACUUUGCCUAAACAUAGCUGAGAUAAUGUCGAAUGUCUUUGUACAUAUUGUAUAUCGACAAUAACUGAUUAUAUGCUUCAUCAUUUUAUUUAGUAUAAUUGUAUGUUAAUAUUAAUAAAUAGUUCAAUAAGGCUAUUUCUCAAAUAACUGUGUUCAUAAAAUUAUUUAAAAUUUACAAUUAAUAAUGACAUUUACAUUUUCACCAAAAAUAUGACUUUUUUUUUAUAAGUUUGUAUGUAGUUCUUGUUAUUAAAAACUUGAAUAAUUCA